AUGUGGCCUUACUCUCAUUCUCGUCUCAGCUACGGGAGGAAAAGAACUUCAUCUUCUUCUACUUGUCUAUCGGGAAAAGAGGUAGUCGAGACUACGAACUGUUUUGACAAACUGCCAAUAGAUGUGUCGGUGGCGAUUCUGCAAAAGGUUGGGACUAUUGACAUAUUGUUGAAUGUCCAGCUAGUAUGUGUUUUAUGGCGUAAAAUAUGUCUAGACCCUAUAAUCUGGCGAUCCAUUGACAUACACAACAUCGGCAAACUCUGCAACCUUCCCGAUUUUCUAGUAACUUCCGACGACCUUCCUUAUGAUGUUCACAAACUGACACAGGUAGCCAUUGACCGAAACUGUGGUCAAUUGGUUAAUAUCAACCUGGAAUAUAUUGGAAAUGACCACCUCCUCGAGUAUAUUACUGACACAGGAGAGUGGUGUGAUGAAAUUAGUUUUAUAAGGUAUGAGGAGGACUAUGACUAUGACGAUGGAAUUGAUCCUAAUUUUGCUGCACUUGCUAUCUCAAGAACAAUGCCUCAGUUGCAACACCUUAACCUUAUUGGUAAUGGAUUGACAAACGAAGGCCUACAGUCUAUACUCGACUCUUGUCCUCGUCUAGAAUCACUUGAUCUUAGGAAGUGCUUUAGAGUUGACUUGAGAGCUGAUCUUGUGUUGGACAAAAGAUGUUCUUCCAUAAAGGAAUUUUAUCACCCCGGUGACUCUACUGAUCCUAAUGAUGAUGAUUUUCAAUCUUAUGAUGAGACUGAUUUUGAAUUCCCCAAAAAUGAGUAUUGGCAAUGGUGA